UAAUGAAGUAGCCAACUGUGGAAGAAUCUGGACCCUUAGUUAAAAAUGGCUUUCCACGUGGAAGGACUGAUAGCUAUCAUCAUAUUCUACCUUCUCAUUUUGCUGGUUGGAAUAUGGGCUGCAUGGAGAACCAAAAACAGUGGCAGCGCAGAAGAACGCAGUGAAGCCAUAAUAGUUGGUGGGCGAGACAUUGGCUUGUUAGUUGGUGGAUUUACCAUGACAGCCACGUGGGUUGGAGGAGGGUAUAUCAAUGGGACAGCUGAAGCAGUUUAUGUACCAGAUUAUGGUCUAGCUUGGGCUCAGGCACCAAUUGGAUAUUCACUUAGUCUGGUUUUAGGUGGUCUGUUCUUUGCAAAACCCAUGCGUUCCAAGGGAUAUGUGACCAUGCUAGACCCAUUUCAGCAGAUCUAUGGAAAGCGCAUGGGUGGACUCCUAUUCAUCCCUGCGCUAAUGGGAGAAAUGUUCUGGGCUGCAGCAAUUUUCUCUGCACUAGGAGCUACCAUCAGCGUGAUCAUUGACGUUGAUGUGCAUGCUUCGGUCAUUGUGUCGGCCCUCAUUGCCACUCUGUACACCCUGGUGGGUGGUCUCUACUCUGUGGCCUACACAGACGUUGUUCAACUCUUUUGCAUUUUUGUAGGACUGUGGAUCAGUGUCCCCUUUGCCCUGUCACAUCCUGCGGUCUCUGACAUUGGGUUUACUGCUGUACACGCCAAAUACCAGGCGCCCUGGCUGGGGACCAUUGAGUCCUAUGAAAUCUACACGUGGCUUGAUAGUUUUCUGUUGUUGAUUCUGGGUGGAAUCCCAUGGCAGGCAUACUUCCAGAGAGUCCUCUCUUCAUCCUCAGCCACCUACGCUCAAGUGCUGUCCUUCUUGGCAGCUUUUGGGUGCCUGGUGAUGGCUCUGCCAGCCAUACUCAUCGGGGCCAUUGGAGCAUCAACAGACUGGAACCAGACUGCAUAUGGGCUUCCAGAUCCCAAGACGAAUGAAGAAGCAGACAUGAUUUUACCAAUUGUUUUGCAGUAUCUCUGCCCUGUGUACAUUUCUUUCUUUGGCCUUGGUGCUGUGUCUGCUGCUGUUAUGUCUUCAGCUGAUUCUUCCAUCUUGUCAGCAAGUUCAAUGUUUGCUCGGAACAUCUACCAGCUUUCCUUCAGACAAAAUGCAUCAGACAAAGAAAUUGUUUGGGUCAUGCGAAUCACUGUGUUUGUGUUUGGAGCAUCUGCAACAGCCAUGGCCUUGCUGACGAAGACCGUGUAUGGGCUCUGGUACCUGAGCUCUGACCUUGUCUACAUCAUCAUCUUCCCACAGCUGCUCUGUGUGCUCUUCGUCAAGGGGACCAACACGUACGGGGCCGUGGCAGGUUACAUUUCUGGGCUUUUCCUGAGAAUCACUGGAGGGGAGCCAUACUUGUACCUGCAGCCCUUGAUCUUCUACCCUGGUUAUUACUCUGAUAAGAACGGUAUCUAUAACCAGAGAUUCCCAUUUAAAACACUUGCGAUGGUUACCUCAUUCCUAGCUAACAUCGGUAUCUCUUAUCUAACCAAAUACCUAUUUGAAAGUGGAACCUUGCCACCCAAAUUAGAUGUAUUUGAUGCUGUUGUUGCAAGGCACAGUGAAGAAAACAUGGAUAAGACAAUUCUGGUCAAAAAUGAAAAUAUUAAAUUAAAUGAACUUGCACCUGUGAAGCCUCGACAGAGCAUAACUCUCAGCUCAACUUUCACCAAUAAAGAGGCCCUUCUUGACAUCGAUUCCAGUCCAGAAGGCUCUGGGACUGAAGAUAAUUUACAAUGACACCAUCUAAAUAAAAUACUGCUUUUGCAAACAGAGCACUAUAGUAGGAUAGUCCUGGAAAGAUGGUUCAUGGCACAUAUAAUACAUAUUAAAAUUAUAAACAACGUUCAAGAGAACAAAUUCCUUGCAAAAAAUAUGAAUAUGUACUAAAGGAGGGAUUCAGGAAAAGUAAUGUGCAAUUGCACAAAUACAGACUAAGCUAGAAGGAAGCAGCUAUGAAUUUUAUUUUAUUUUUUAAUUUCAUUUUAUUUCUCAUCCUUAGUAGUUUCUAUUUUGACACUAGAUAGUUUUGUUAGGAAUAUAAAAAUGAAAAUGCCCCAAAGAAAAGAUGGCCCAAUUGUGUAUCAUUUUUAUGGAAAAAUAGUGUGCAGAUGAAAGAGCCUAAGAAAGGAAAUUGGAUGAUUUUGAUCCAAACUUUGUUAAUGCACUUUUUAAUGACCAGUGUUAAUGCACUGGUGAGUCAGAUUGUCAGACUGAGGCUCUGAGAAUAACUCACAGCUACUCUGAUGAAUGAUGUAAUGAGUUAAUCAGUUGAUUUUUCUUGAUAUGAUGAUUAACCCCUUCUUUCGUGGUCUGCACUGAAACAUUUGCUGAAUAUGCAAUCUCCACUCCCGGCCUCUAGCGCAGGGGAUCCAACCCAACGUCUUGAGCAUCUAGGCAAGUUCUCUGCUGCUAAACUACACACUCAGCCCUGUAAUCUGUCAUUCUUUGAGUAAUGGCAUGUAUUUUUCUGAGCACAGGCAAAGCAAACACACAAAAAUUAUUUCAUAGUGGCACUUUUUUUUAUGUGCAAGAUGAUAGAAAAGAGAGAUAAUUUUGGCAAAAGAACACUGGGAUCCUUUGAGUACAUCCAUAACUAGCAUGUGUGUAGAUAAUAAUACUUGGAGCAUAGCAAAAUUAUUAGGCGAAUUUACAGCAAUAAAUCAAGAAGGACAUUAAACAAAAAGUGAUAUGAAGAGAUAAAAGAUACAUUUUUAUCUUCAACUGAAGUAUAUACAGUUUUGUUGCAUGAUAAAAGAAAUAGUAUUUUGGGUAACUAUUCAAAUCAGGAUUGGAAGUGAAAAUGGGCCAUGGGUAAUGAGCAGUAGCUACGCAAUACCAUUAUGGUUGAUGAGAGACAGACUAUAGAUCAACAUAUAUUAACAGAAGUUCCCAAAGCACCUCCUCAUAGUAAAAUUGGAAAAACAAAUCACACUUACUGUUUUAUAUUCAUUAAUGAGGUGACCUAGUAUUAAGGGAUCUGCUCUGUGGCACUUUUUUGCAUAAACCAGGUUUAGAUAUUGGACAUAAAUUUCACAUUGAAUUUUAAAAUGUGAGCAAAAGUGAAAAGUAAAAAUAAGUUCUAAAAGGAAGAAGCCAUCAAUUUUAACACUUGAUGUGUACAUAGUUUUCAUGAGGUCAGUCAUUAUUAUUUCACUCCUUUUCUGGAGUUAAAAUACAUAUACUAUAUCUAUAUAUAUAAUGGUUUUUAUCCAUUAUAGAAUUAUAAAUUCUUUGACCACCAAUCAUACAUUACUGAAAUAACUGGAGCUGUAUUGACAAAAUCAGAGUAAAUUUAUGAGCUGAAAAAUAUUCUGGGAAUUCUACUCAAUAAAGAAAGCUAGUCUGAAUUUUGAAACAGAAGCAUUUUUUUUUCAAAAAACAUUCCUUUUUGUGAUUCAUAAGCAAAAUGCUGUUAACUCCAUGUCUGGCAUUAAGUCUGUACAAUGAAUAGAAUAGAUUUUAUUUUUUUAGGUUUCAAUUAGAAUUAUCUCAAAACAAAUAUUUUCUUCAUUAUAAAAACAAGUUAAAUUCCCAAGGUAGUUUGUUAAAUGUGAAAUGAAAUCAUUUUACAUAUUGUCAUGUCCUAUAUAUUUACAGUGCUUUAUUGAAACAUGAUGAUAAAUAUGACAAUGCGUUCAAAAUUUUUUAUUGAAAACCAUAUAUACCUAAAUGAAGAUAAUUUUUUAUUCAUGUAUUUUUUGAGGAUCUACUCAGUACUGUGGAGUACUUGUGAGGGGUAUACUUUUGGAAACUGAGUACAGGAAUCCAAGAUACUGAGACAUGAUUGAGAAGAGAGCCAGGGAAAGGAAAUUGAUUAGAGAAAAAAACAGAUAAAAACAUAUGACAUGUAAAAGUAUUGACUAAUGGGGACUACAGAUCCUGGAAAACUGGUAUUCCACAUGUACCAUGUACCCAAAUAGCAACUCUGUCCAUUCCAUCACUGAAACAUUCAUCUCAGCUCAUGGAGGCACAGGUAUACACUAUUAGCAUCAGGAAGCACAUCAUGUACACUGUAGCCUUCAACAGGAGGGCAUACUCUCCACAGACAUUGCUUUUAACAAUUUUCUUGAGUAACAAUUGUUCUAACAACCAUAUUUAAAUUCUGUGAAAAAAUAACUAAUAUUAAAAUUUCUUCCCAUUUAAUUCAUUUUGUAAAAAUAGAAAGAUACAGGGAAAUACAAGGUUUAACCUGUCCAACUAUUAAAACCAGUUAAAUAAUUUAAGUUAAAAGAUAAUGGACUUUCAUUUAAUCCAUUAUUUCCCAUCUGUUCUCAAACUAGGUAUAUAAAAAACUAAUGCAUUUUCAGAUUUAUAAAUGCACUAAAUAUUAGCAAGUGAUUUUUAAAGUGCCAAAAUGUCAAAAGGAAUGAAACAAUCUCAAGAUCUUUAUUUAUCUGAACAUUCAGGCAUAAACUCCCCUUCAAUUUCCAAGGAAGAUGGAGGAGGCCAGCUCUGUUUUGUCAUCAUGGGUAAUGUAGAUGGUGUUGAAUUUUUCCAGCCUCAUUCAGUGUACCUUCAAACUUCAUCCUCAAUGAAAAUAAAUUACCCAGAACAUAUUAGACACCAACUAUAUUAACCUUUGGAGGCAAUACCUGUGGCUAAAGCAUUAGAAUAAAACACAUUUUCAUAUUUUGCACUGAUUGUAACAUGUUUCUUGGGUAAUUUUAAUGCUUUUUUCCCCAACCCACAUUCAAAACAUCAAGCUUGUUGCUGGACUGAUAUAUAAAAAACAAGCUUUCAAAUACUCAGUGUCAAAAAUUAAACUUCAUUGCUACACUUACAAGUCAUGAAUUUUAUGUGAAUAUCAAAUGAAUGUAAGCUUGAAACAAUUAAAUUUGAUGUAAUGGCUAUUGGCUUUUUUAUUUGAAAAUAAUGAAUUAGCAAUAUAUUUUAAACAUGAAUUAUGAAUUUUUCCUUUUUAGCUUUCAAAAUAUUUACUCUGGUAUAAUAUAUAAUUUAUUAUGUUUGCUAUAAUGUAUAAUUUAUUAUAAGUUUGCUACUGAACAGACAGAUGCAUAUAAUGGUUCUAAAUCAUAUAUUUUUGUCUGUCAAAAUAUUAUAUAUAGUUAUGCUUAAAAUAAGAUUUGCAACUAUACAUGUAAAUGUUUUAAAUGUAAACGUAUUGUAUUAAAUUGUGCUGGUGC